ACAUGCAUUUACAGAGGAUCCCUAACUUGGCAGAGAGAGAGAGAGAAGACCUGAAAUACAGGGCCAAACUAUAUCAAAACAGGAUGAAAUAUGGGGCAGUCUUGUAUUAUACAGGACAGGUGGCAACCCUACCCAGGAGGAGCUGGACGGGGCUCCCAGAAACAGAUUGGCAGCCUUGGAGCCCAGCAGAAGCCCUGGCCUGUCUGCCGUCUACAUGGCCAGUGACCUGAGCGACCUCUCUGACCUGGGAAGGAGGGAGCUGGAGGGGGCAAGCUUGGCAGAGACCCCAACACCGCCGCAGACUGGACCCCACCGCCGGUUUGUCAAGCAGAAACCCCAGGAGGUGGCCCCAGACACCCAGCAGGCAAGGCCCAGUCCUGCCGCAAGGACAGGGUUUGCCGCUGCUUCCAGAGGGGAGAGGUCAAGCGCCGUCCUUAGGAAGCUGGCGCAGAUCGAGAGCAAGAUCCGCAGCCGGAAGGCCAGGCAGGACGUCGGCCGGGAGCCCACGACGGACGAGGAGAUUUCCCUGAGCGACUUCAGCCGCAGCCCCAAGCCGGGAGGACGAGGGAGCCUGGGAAAAGCCACGGGGCUGAAGGAGACCACGGCCCCCAUCCGAAGCAGCAGCGAGGGUGGCACAGAGAUAGGCAGGCCGGCCCCUCCCAAGGAAUUGGGGGAGCAGGAUGACCUGCUGGGCAGGAAGAAAUGGAUCCGGUCCCCGCCAACCCCACCUUCUUCCCACCCGAGGUCUCCUUUGCCCGGCAAAACUUUCCUGAAGAGGCCCACGCCCAGGAGUCCUUCCCCACCAGGCAAGCACCCCCCGGCACGGCUGAGCAGGGGAGCAUUUCGUUCCUCGACCCCGGCGGGCUCCCCUUCCCCCGACGCGAGCUCCGUGCCCCCGAGGGAGGCGUCUCUCUCCGAGCGAAGCGUGGUGCGGUCCCUCGACGAGCUCUUCUUAGCGGCGGAUGGCGGGACCAGCGACGACGACUCCGCCAGCAGCAGCGAUUUCAGAGUGAACGUGUUGAGCCUGGACGACUUGGCCCCCGCUGCAGCCAGCCAGAGCGAAGUGUCGGGAGAGGUAAGAUACCCCCCGUUUAGUGAACUUUUCAAUGGACCUGCGAUGCCGACGGGGUCAAAGGAGGAGCUGGGAGCCUCCCCUUUUGCUGCCGUCACCCAAAGCCCCUUCAAAGCCCAGAGUCCCCCCAGGAGAGAAGCUGCUCCCCUGGAGGAGGAGGAGGAGGAGACGGAGGAGAAAGAUGAUCCAGGAGAGACUGAGAUUUCCGAGCGGCUAAACAGCACUUCUGCUGGGAGCUCCCAUCCCGAGGAGGAGGAGGAAGACGAGGAGGAGGAGGAGGAAGGGAGCCCCACCAGCGCAGAGUAUUCGGAGGACUUUGAGUCCUCGGUAGCAUCCGGGGAGCGACCCUCCUCCAGGGACCCCUCGGGUGCCUGGGCGCCUUCUGAGCAUCCCGCCUCGUCCUCCCUCACCUGCCCUCCACAGGGUGCCAGGACCACCCACCUGCCAGCGAGGGUCGUUGUGAAGGAUGCCGCCGUGCAGACAGGCCGCUCCUCUCUGGCCUAUUGCUGGCUGCAAGGCGACGCUCCUGCAGCUCUCGGCCCAGCGAUGGGAGCAGGAAUCCCUCUGGAGACGCCGCCCAUCGCCAGCCACGUCGUGAGCUUGGAGACGCUGGAAGCACUGACCACCUACAGCCCGGCCGUCUUCGCCCUCAACGAGCUGCUGAAGCAGAACAUGCUGCUCAUCCGGCAGUUUGCAGACGCCGCCCGCCGGCUCCACGCCUCCUGGGUGGCGUCCCUGGAGGAAGAGGGGGGCUUCCACUACCACACCCUGGAAGAAGCCAAGGAGUACAUCGAGCGCCACAAGCCCCCGCCUCUGACAGUGGAGCAAGCUUUGCGAGAACUGGAGCGGCGAGGGCAAGCCGCCUUUUGAAAAGCGCACGGGAGGAGCGUCGGAGCUGGCUCUCCGGAACGAGAAAGAAACCGCUCGGGUCCCGACAACCGGCCAGCAAUUUUACCGGAAUGAAGAGCUGGGGCUCUUCUGGAACAAGGCAAGCAGA